AUGGCGGGACAAGAUGGCGCCGACGGCCCGAGCUCACCAACCUCCGUUUCGGAAGUAAGUGACCCUGCUCACAGCAUGGCUGACUACUCUGCCCCAGUUACAACAGCUACACUAAAAUCCUUACUUGCAGACCUAAAAUCCACCUUCCACACAGAACUCAUGCAAAUAGCUUCAGACAUCAG